AUGGGAAUUGGUAGUGCUGGUAUUGGAGGACCUGUGUGUUCAACAGUGCCGCGGGAUUGCAUAGGCGCGACGUGGUGGCGCAGCGUUCAGGGAGAACCGGUGAAACGGUUAACGGCUGGCCACCCGCAGGGGACUACACGGAAACAUCAAUGCGGUCCACCAUCAUCUCGAGACCGCCAAGCCGACCCUUCUGUUCCUUACGGAGACACAGAUAUCCGUCUGAUACUUCGUACCUUACGUAUUCCGGGUGUACGCUUGAGCACAAAUUUGUGCGUCGAGCUGGGAGCUGCUAGUGUUGGAGACAGUUCCAAAGAUUAUGACACAAUUGUCGUCGGACUUGGGGCAGCGGGUACUGCUGCGUCUUCGACCCUCGCACGAGCUGGUCGAAGAGUGCUAGCGCUGGAGGCCCAGGAUCGAGUGGGGGGACGAGUGCACACGGUGCCUUUGGGUGAUGGAGUAGUAGAAUUGGGUGCUGAAUGGUGGCAGACCAAAACGUUUUCUGUUAAGAAUGAUAGCACUAGUAUAAAGUCUAUGACUAUGUUCCUAAGUCUAACUUCUAUGUUUAGGCUAUCCAUAGGUAGGGAGGAAGACAAAGCGUUGAUGAUCGAGUUAAUUUUCUACGCACUUAAAAUACGCGACGAGUCUCCUGCCACACCACAAUCUGAGGGACAAUACGUUACUGACAGAGUGCUGGAAUACGUAAAAGAUAAACAUCCAUCGGCAAUAGACAAUAAAGAGUUCCUUAACGAAUUCUUCCACUUGAUGGACACGGUGGCAGACGCGUACGAGGGUACUACGAGCUGGUAUGAAGUGAGCACAGACAGCAGGUAUGAGGAGUUGGGAGGAAACCAGUAUAUGAGUUGGCAUACGUACGGAUAUAAAACAUUAUUUGAUAUAUUAUUGAAUACAUACAAUAACGGCCCGGGUCUACCCACACUAGAUAUAAAGUUAAACACGGAGGUGACGGCAGUGUCCUGGUCGCAGGAUCCCACCCGGGGAGUGACGGUGACGACCAAGGAUGGUACCACCUACACGGCUGACAACGUUAUUGUUACCGUCUCACUCGGAGUACUCAAAGAACGACAUGAGUCGCUAUUCUCACCACAGUUGAAUCAAAAGAAGAAAACAGCUAUAGACAAAAUAUCUAUGGGUUUAGUUGGCAAAAUAGUCUUGCUGUACUCACAAAAAUGGUGGUCCAGUAACUCUAUAAGCUUCAUUUGGACCAGUGAUGAUGAGAGACUGUUGGCUGGUGAUGAGAAGUGGCUGUACAAUGUGACCAACGCAUCUGAAUCUAUGGGUAGCCCUAAGGCUUUAGUGUUUUGGACUUGUGGGAAUACAACUAAAGUGUCCACAUCACUAACAGUGCCCUUUCCCCAUCAUUUUUAUGUUUGCAGAACCUACUGGAACACCAAUCCAUUCACACGAGGCACAUACUCGUACGACAAUCUCCUAACUCCCCAGUACCCCACGGCCAGGUCGGACCUGGCUGAACCGCUGACGGACUCCUCCGGAAACCCAAGAGUCCUGUUUGCUGGAGAGGCAACCAACCCUACUCACUACUCGACCGUGCACGGCGCUGUUGAAACAGGGUACAGGGAAGCGGCCAGGCUGUUACCAAAGAGUAACUAAAUAACUUGAUAAGUUAAUAUAAAAAAAUACGUUUCGUUACGUUACUAGUUCUUUAGUUACCGUUCAAGUGUGAUUAGUAUUCGCACAAGGGGAACUCGGAAGAAAUAAUGUUAUAUUUAUGGUUUUAUAAUUUAUACUUUUUUUUCAUGUUAACAUGGGCCUAUUUAAGUAUAUAACUUAAAAAAUAAUA